GUGGGAUCUCGUUGAUCGUGGGUUCUGACGCGGAACACGAUGGAAUCAGCUUUUCUUCUCUCCCAGAGUGGUAACGUCCUUUGAUCACACGCACAGUCGAUUCCCGCUCUAAUGGGGACCCUGGGGCUGUUGAAGGCCUGUGUACUAUGGUCUAAAACGCGAGGCACCUCCGAAUGGAUUAUGGACAACUCCACCGUCUACUCUAUAAAUAAGAGUGUUGAAUGACUUCUUGCUUGACCCUCGAACAUUUCCUAAAUGGCCGAGAACACGCAAACCGAUCCACUGACGAACACCACCAAACCGAACACAGAUGCAACGAUUACCAUAAGGAUCAUCAAAUCGUUUGAGUACCGAAACUCCAAAAACUUGGUACUCCAUCAUCUCAACUUGGAAACCAUCAAAACCGAUCAACUCUUGGCCCUUUGCCAGCAACAAAUAUCAUCGGCGCCUGGCUGGAAGAUGUUCCAAAACGUAGCACUCGAUACUUUCAAAUUGUAUAGCAAAGCACAUGGAGCCAAAACCACCAAUCUGAUCAUCAACUUGGACCACGAUGAAUGGAUCUUGGAAGACCGCUCGAAAUCCCUGUCAGAAUAUGGAUUAGAAAACGAAUCGGAAGUUAGCUUGUUCAAUCGUGCGGAUUACGAGGCUUUCAAGGCAAACCCCCAGCAAAAGUGGUAAUCUUUAUUUGUGUAAACAGUCCCCAACAUAGAUUCCUUUUUCCACAUCUUUUCGGAAACAACCUUGGUGGCUUCUUUUUUCAUUCCAGAUUUUCCUUCCUCGUCUUGAAGAGUUUGUACCUAGCUUCCUUACCCUUUUUUCAGAGGUUGAUAUCUUGACUACGUCCGAAAAAAAAAUACAAUUAUGAGACAAGCAGUUCAAGCGAUACUACCAAGAUUCAUCAAUCUGUCUUCCAUGUGCUGUCUCAUUUCCCUUGAUUUGUCUCUUGAUUUGAAGUGCCGAACCCAGCCUGAUGGGAAUGUUGGUUUGGGUAGCUUGGGAUAUUCCUUCCCUCUCAAUUUCGCAAUGGGCCAUUAUCCCGUCCUUCAUUUCAUAAUAUUGACACUACUGGGUUUUCACCACCCGUCAAUCUACUUAUGCCAUCUUGCAUCUUAGAAUGCCAUCCUUCAUUUUAUCAGGUUGCCCUCCAUUUGCCUCUAGGAAAACAACUUGAUGUUCUACUUCUAGCGCAUCAUGCUCGGAACUCUGUGCUAAUAUACACUGCUUGCUUCGAUCCAGAACCUUGGGUUAUUGUAUUGCACAGUACUCCUUUCAAGGGUACGAAUUGGUUGCUAUGUAGACAAGCUUAUGGCAUUUUG